UAAAAAUGUGUUCUUUAUCGUUUUCCUUUUUCUUUUCAAGAUUUCUGGUAAUAUUUGGGGUAUUCUUGAUUUGAUUUAAAAUAUGUUUUUGUUCCCUCUUUUCUGAUGUUUUAGUGAUUUUUGGAUAUUUUAGUCAUCUGGGGUUGCUUCAUUUGCAUUAAAGAUUCAAUUUUUAUUCUGUUUUGCUGUUUUUUGAAGGUUUCUACUUACUAUUUUAGUUAGACACUGCUAGUGAAUUUCUCUUUAUUUGAGCUGAAUUGUAAGGUAUUAUGUAAUAUGUUGUUGUAGCUGUCUGAGUUUUAGCAACGUUUGACUUGACACGAAGUUUAAGAAAGAAAUGAAUACUUCUAAAAUUUGUGAGCUACAACACUUGUUUAGAGGUAAGUUGUUUUUAAUUAUAGAAAUGUGACAUUCUUUUUUGGGACGAACUAAAAGGGAACGGGUAUCACAUAAUUUUGUAGAGAGGGCUUAUUUAGUAGGAUAUUGCUAUUGAAGUUGUGUGUUUGACUGAAGUUAUUCUUGUGAUACCAAUGGGUAAGCAAUUGAGUGGGAUGCUACUUUACCAAUCAAUUUCUUAUGUUUUGUCAUCUCAAUUUUGCUGUUUAUUAUUGAUACUGCCUAAUUUACUUAUCUUGAAAUGUGUGAAAAUGCAUAUAUAUAAGUUAGAGGUAGUCCCAUGGACUUCUUAAGAAUAUGGUCGAAUACUGUCAUGUAGUUUUAUAAGCAAAAGUGCCACCUACGGACUCUUCAAAAAUAAUGUCGUGUGUGUGGCCUUUUUGGAGGAUCCAACAGGUGUACGACAACAUUUCUGGAUGGUCUAAGCAGCAUAGAUUAUAACAGAAUGUGUCCUCCUUCUCCAUCUUUAAGUCAAGUGCUUGUUUCUUUUCUAUAUCCUUGAAUAUGUUUUGAGUUCUGUUUUUUAAUAAGGUAAGUCCUUGUGAGAUGCAGUUUUGGUACUGUUUUCGGAGUUUGUGACAUUGCAGUAGUGGAUUAUGGGAGACAAAUUAGGACAGAUAAAAGUGACUGUUAUAAAAGGAAGACGUUUGGUGAUUCGGGACUUCAAGACAAGUGAUCCUUAUGUCAUUCUUAAGCUUGGAAAUCAGACUGCCAAAACCAAAGUCAUAAAUAGCUGCCUUAAUCCUGUUUGGAAUGAAGAAUUCUGCUUCUCUAUCUCUGAGCCGGCUGAGGUUCUCAAAUUGGAAGUGUUUGAUAAAGACCAUUUCAAAGCAGACGACAAAAUGGGAACUGCUCAUCUCAGUCUUCAGCCUUUGGUUGCAGCUGCUAGAUUGAGAACGAUUCUCGGGGUUGCUUCUGAGGGGACAACAUUAAGGAAGGUUAUCCCGAGUAAAGACAACUGCCUAGCAAUCGAUAGCAGCAUUAGUUGGGUGAAUGGUGAAGUUGUGCAAGAUGUUUGGUUAAGGCUUUGUGAUGUGGAGUCUGGAGACAUAGAGUUGAAGAUCAAAUUGAGCGAUCUUUCCUGCGUUGUUCCGGCCUCCACGUAGAAUGGUUAUCAGUGACAUCGAUGCAGGUCUCGUUUGAGCUAUAUACGUCUUGUUGUAGGCGGAAAAAGACGUCUAGUAGAAGAAGCGCCUAUGUUUGGCAUUUUUCGGUUGGAACUCAAACAAAUGAUAUUUGUAUAUUUUGAUCAAAUAUGUGCAUAAUUCAAAUUGGAGUGAUUUAAGAAGUGGAAGGGGGAUUUUUGUAGUAUUUGUUUUUAUUAGUUUAAUAUCCGACACACAUCUUCAUUUCCCUU